AACGUGGCUUUACUGGAGAUAUUGGCGCUCUAAGCGGAUAAAUUAAAUCCGGUACACUCAAACGUAUUAAUACUUAACUGGAAUCAAUACUGAAACAUCAUGAGCCGUCUCGGGACACAGAAGAGCGGCUCGCGAUUAUUGAAGGGAUGUUCGCGGAGCGUGUCGGCAAUUUUGGAGCAGCGUACGGAGACUUGGUCCUUUUGGAUUGAAGGUGUCGUUUGUUUUACUGCUAAAUGCGCUGACGAGGGUGAGAGCUUCCCGAAAGCCGUGAGACAUGAAAGUAAAGCGACCGGGAAAGUCGCGGACUCGGAGCUGAACUCUCCCGCGUGUGGGAUGAAUGAGAAUCGCCUCGUAAAUGCGGCGAAGCGGAGCGCGCACUUUAGGCUUUUCUCACAAACCUCCACAUCUGCCGAGGUUAUAGAUUCCAGCUUUAGCGGGGGUCAGAGCCCACUUAUCAAGGGCAAAGUUAAAGGGAUUAUUCACCGCCAAGGAAAUACACAGAAGGUGAUGUCUGGGAAAGCGAAGUGCGGGAUGUGGGGUUGGAUUUUUGCCCUUGUGUUCCUCUGGAAUACCCACAUGUUGCACGCUCAAGACAUCGCUCCGUACUUUAAAACCGAGGCAGGGGGUGCACAGACACACCUGGAGGGGAACAGACUCGUGCUGACCUGUCUGGCUGAGGGCAGCUGGCCGCUGCAGUUCAAAUGGAUGAGAAACAGCUCGGAUAUCACUGAAUACACACCAGAGUACAGGUACACGAUUAUGUCAUUAAAGCGCGAGGACGCGGGUGUAUAUCAGUGUGCGGUGAGAAACAGGAUGGGAGCGCUGAUCCAGAAGAGGGCCGAUGUUCGCGUGGCUUACAUGGAUAACUUUGCUGAACUGGAACAGAGGAAAACAGUCUCUCAGGGAAGAGCUGCUGUCCUGAAUCCUCCCGCCGUGACCAGUUACCCUCGCCCUCAGGUCACAUGGUUCAGAGACGGCUUCAAGAUCAUUCCUAACCAUCGAGUAGCAAUAACAUUGGACAAUCAGCUUGUGGUUUUGGGGACGGCGGCAGCAGACGCGGGUCGGUAUUAUGUACAGGCCGUUAACGAACGUAAUGGGGAAAACAAAACCAGCCCUUCCAUUUACCUGAGUAUAGCAGUGAACAAGAGGAAUCGUGGUUCCCUUGACGUUAUUGCCCCGGCUGAAUUGGUUGCCCCGGUGAUAGUGAUGGCACCUAAGAACACAUCAGUGGUUGCCGGGGCGAGUGAGGCUACUCUUGAGUGCGUUGCUAAUGCGAGAUCUCUUGACAGGCUGCAGGUGUUCUGGAAGCGUAAUGGGGUGAGACUAACAGCAGGAGUGGACUCGUUCGGUCGCAGGCUGGUCAUCAGUAACCCCACCUCAGCGGACGUGGGUCUGUACGUGUGUGAGGCUGCGCUCAGAAACAGCAGUCAAAAGAGCACUGAGGCCAAAGCGUACCUCUCCGUGCUGGAGCCUCCGUACUUCACGUCAAAACCAAAGAGGUCGGUGAUAACGGAAGUUGAGAAAAUCAUGGAGCUUCACUGUCAGGCCAAAGGGGUUCCCACAACGAAGCUGGAAUGGUUCAAAGAUGCCGUCCCCCUCUCCACACUGAACAACCCUCGAUACAAACUCACCUCCUCCUCAAUGGUUCUGCAAGUGCGGAGAAUUCAACCGGACGAUGCUGGAAUUUUCCAGUGCUUCGCUGAAAACACGGCCGGAGAAAUACAGGCAUAUACCAACUUGGUCGUCACAAGCGUGUCGCCAUCUUUCACCACGCCCCCUUCUGACAUCACUGUGACUGAUGGAACGUCAGCUGUCUUCACCUGUGAGACAUCCGGUGCCCCCAAACCUGCCAUUGUUUGGAGGAAAGGUUCUCAGGUGUUAGCGAGCGGAUCGGUGCAGAUGCCUCGUUUCACUCUGCUGGAGUCCGGAGGCUUACGGAUACUCCCCAUAAUGCCGAGCGAUGCAGGAAACUAUACAUGCUUGGCAUCUAACUCUGAGGGACUGGUCAACACAACAGUGGCCCUGACAGUCUUGAGUCGAACCUUCAUUUCAACACCCCCUGAGGAUCAGCGUGUCAUCAAGGGAACUACCGCUGUGUUGAACUGCGCCACAAUCCACGACCCCAGAGUCACCGUCAGAUAUGCAUGGAAGAAAGGAACCAAGCCGCUGAGCGUGUCGACUGGUGGGCGAGUGUCAAUGAAGGAAGGUUCGCUCCACAUCAGCCAGACGUGGUCCGGAGACAUCGGAGACUACACCUGCAGGGUCAUCUCACCUGCUGGAAACGACUCGAAAACCGCCCGACUGGAAGUCAUAGAACUUCCCCAUUCUCCACGUAACCUGCAGGUGGCUCUGAAUGAGACAGACAGCAGAACAGUUCUUCUGUCAUGGGUUCGGCCCUUUGAUGGAAACAGUCCUCUCCUGCGUUACAUCAUUGAGCUCUCUGAGAACAAUUCUCCAUGGAAGGUCUACAUGGAUGAUGUUAGUCCAGCACUAACUAGUUUGCUAGUAAUUGGUCUAACGCCAGCAAGAACGUACCAGUUCAGAGUGUGUGCUGUCAAUCAGGUGGGACGUGGACAGUACAGCACUGAGACCAACAGGCUAAUGCUGCGUGAGGAACCACCCAGCGCGCCUCCAAAAAACAUUGUGGCUAGUGGCCGUACCAACCAGAGCAUCAUGGUACAAUGGCAGCCGCCCCCUGAACCACAGCUCAAUGGAGUCCUGAGGGGCUAUGUGCUCAGGUACAGAUUGGCAGGUCUGCCUGGUGAGUUUCAGCUGAAGAACAUCACCAGUGCAGAGAUUAAUUAUUGUCUGAUUGGAGAGCUCAUCAUCUGGACGCAGUAUGAGAUCCAAGUGGCUGCCUACACUGGAGCGGGCCUGGGGGUAUACAGCCAGUCUGUCACUGAGUACACGCUGCAAGGAGUCCCUACAGCGCCCCCACAAGACGUGGAUGCUGUUGCUCUCAACUCCACCACCAUCAAAUUCACCUGGACACCACCCCCCCAGCAGUUCAUCAACGGCAUCAACCAGGGAUACAAGCUGCUGGUGUGGCCCGAACACUGUCCGGAAUGCAUUACCAUGGUGACCAUUGCCCCUGAGUUCCACGGGUCACGUCACUAUGGUUACGUUAGCAAUUUAAGAAAGUUCACGUGGUAUGAGACGGCAGUGCUAUGCUUUACCACACCUGGCGAUGGACCAGCUAGCACACCACAGCUCAUCCAGACGCAUGCUUACAAACCGGGCCCGGUGACUCAACUGAGCUUUACUGAGAUCUUGGACACAUCUCUGAGGAUCAGCUGGCAGGAACCGGAAGAAAAGAACGGCAUUAUCACAGGUUACGUCUUGUGUUGGGAGGAGGCCAGUCAGAACGAAACCCGUGUAUCUCAGACUCUGUCCAAUUCUACGCUGACAUACAAAGUGACCGGGCUCACUUCGCUCACCACAUACACUCUGCAGGUGGCUGCGGGGACACAGGCCGGCACCGGUGCUGCCACCUCGUCGACCAUCUCGACAGGACUGCCGCCAGAGCUUCCUGGUGCACCCUCCAAUCUGGUCAUCUCCAACAUCAGUCCUCGCUCCGCCACCAUAAAGUUCCACCCCGGCAGUGACGGCAAAACCACCAUCUCCAAAUGGAUUGUAGAAGGACAGGUGGGGACUGUGGGUGAGGACGAGGAAUGGAAGGUUCUGUACGAGAUGGACAGUCCACCAGCCUCAGACACUCUGGAGAUUCCCAAUAUCAUCCCAUUUACUCAAUACAGGUUCAGGAUGAAGCAGGUGAACAUUGUGGGUUCGAGUCCCUUCAGUCAGCCUUCUUGUGUGAUGCAGACCCUGCAGUCCAAUCCAGAUGUGGCCCCAACAAAUCUCACAGUGUUUUCUGCUAGUGAAACCAGCCUGAGGAUUCGCUGGGAGCCACUUCCAGAGGCAGCUUAUAAUGGAAAUCCUGAAAGCGUGGGUUACCGUGUACGUGCACAGAGAGCAGACGGGCUUGGGCAGCCCCGGAUGGUGACAGUUUCUGAGCGCUUGUCUCGGGAAGCGACGGUGGAGGGACUUGAGGAGUGGACGGAGUACGAGCUCAGCAUUCAGGCCUUCAAUGGCAUCGGGCCUGGACCCUGGAGCAGUCCUGUGCUGGGCAAAACUAAAGAGUCAGUUCCCUCUGGUGCCCCAGAAAAUGUGAGCGCAGAAGCAAUGAGCUCCACGAGUAUAUUGGUCACCUGGGGUUCGGUCCCUGAACACCAGAAGAAUGGACACAUCCUUGGUUACAAGGUCUUGUACAAAGAAAAAGAUUCAGAGCGGGCUCCCCAGGUCCAGCUGGUGAACGGGAACCAGACUCACUUGCUGCUUUUAAAAAACCUUAGCAAGUUCAUCUUGUAUGAGGUUCAGGUGCUCGCGUUUACACGUGUCGGAGAUGGACCACCCAGCCUGCCCCCCACAGCUGAGAGAACCAAGGAUGAUGUUCCUGGUCCACCUGUCAGGUUGGUGUUUCCAGAGGUGCGUCUCACGUCUGUCAGGGUUGUCUGGCAACCUCCCUCGGAGCCAAACGGCAUCAUUAUGGGUUAUCAAAUUUCUUACCGUUUGGAUAUCAACGACCCCAACAAGUUUACCACGGUUGAGGUGGGAUCCAACGCGCGUCAAUUCACAGUGACGGGACUGAUUCCAGAAUCGGCGUAUGUUUUCCAAAUCACAGCGCGCACUCAAAAGGGCUGGGGACCCCCGGAGGAGGCCAUCGUCAUAACGACAGAAAAAAGAGAGCGGCCACAGCACCCUCGACGACUCACCGUGCCUCAGAAAGGGGUGGAGUCUCAUAAGCUGCGACUUCAUUGGACGCCGGGGGGAGACGGCUCUUCCCCAGUGCGCUACUUCACCCUGCAGGCAUUAGAGCUGCCAGACGGCGAGUGGAAGACCCACACAUCCUCCAUCGGUCAUAAUAACACCUCCUGGGAGGUGGAUAGACUGAAGCCAUACACCUCUUACAAAUUUAGAAUGAUGGCCACAAAUGAUGUGGGAGACAGUGCCUUCAGCAAAGAAACUGAGCCAGUUACCACUCUGCAGGACGUGCCAGAUGAAGCGCCUAUCAUUUUGAACAUCAAACCUUCAACCACAACAUCUGUGAUUGUCCAGUGGCAGCCGCCUGCAGAGGGAACUGUCAAUGGGAUUCUUGUGGGAUAUCGCGUGUAUUACUGGGAACUUCCACGUGAAAACAGUCCAGACGAGCCAAUGACAGCAACCAACCAAUCAACAAUCAGUCCGGAGUUCAGAGCUAAGAGCACUUUUAAGACAGUGAGCAGCCCUUCAUUAACAGAAUUUGAAUUAACGCAGCUCAGCAAGUACAGACGAUACACGAUUGUCAUGACAGCAUUUAAUGUUGUUGGAGAGAGCCCUUCAAGUGCACCUGUUGAGGUGUUUGUGGGAGAAGCAGCUCCUUCAGUGUCUCCUCAGAACAUACAGGUGAAAUCUGUGUCCUCUAGUCAGCUGGAUGUAGAGUGGCAGCCUCCACCUGUCGAAACACAAAACGGAAAUAUUCAAGGAUACAAGAGAUUUGAACAGGAAAUGGUUAUGAAUCCUUCUGUUCUGUCCACAAACACACAAACUCCUGGAGCACCCAGCCACGUGGUGUUUUCGGAGGUGACAGGAAGCUCCCUGAAUGUGUCAUGGGGAGCUCCUCUGCAGCCCAAUGGAGUGGUGGAAGGCUACAGAGUGGUCUAUGAGCCCACCGCACCAGUUCAUGGUGUCAGUAAGACAGUUACAGUGGAGAUCAAGGGGAACUGGCAACGCUGGCUGAAGGUUCGUGACCUGAUGAGGGGUGUGACCUAUCGCUUCAAGGUUCAAGCCAGAACUAUUAGUUACGGACCCGAACUGGAAGCCAAUAUCACAGCAGGACCAGUGGAAGGCUCCCCCAGUUCGCCCUUGCAGACCUCAAUCACAAAGUCUGCAUCAGCUUUGACGCUUCAUUGGUCAGAGGGCACAGAAGGGGCGGGACCUGUCACAGGAUAUGUCAUUGAGACUCGUCCAUCAGAUGAAGGAUUAUGGGAUACGUUUGUCAAGCAUCUCCCACCUGGCAGCUUCUCGUACACCAUCAGUCUGGACCGUCUACGCUCAGGUGUGGCCUAUGAAUUCCGUGUCAUCGCAGUCAAUCGUUUCGGUUAUGGCGAUCCCAGUCCACCUUCCACUGCAAUGUCUGCUCUGUCUGAAACACCUUUCUAUGAGGAGUGGUGGUUCCUGAUCGUCAUGGCUUUGAUCAGUCUCAUUUUCAUUCUGAUGGUUGUGUUUGGUUUGCUCCUGUUGGGACAGAACAAGAAGUACAGGAGCUGUGGAACAGGAAAACACAUUACUACAGUAGAGGAGUCUGUAACUCUUGACAAUGGCGGCUUCACGGCUCUAGAGCUGAACAGCAGACAUCUGAAUGUGAAGAGCUCUUUCCUAAAGAAGAAUGGAACAAGAUCUCCUCCACGGCCCAGUCCAGGUGGUCUGCACUACUCUGAUGAAGACAUCUGCAACAGCUACAACGGGGCUGCUUUAACAGAGAGCACCACGCUUACAGAGAAACCCACUGAGCUGUCAGAGUCAGAGGUCAGCGACAGCGACUAUGAAGACGAGCAGCCCAAGCACUCAUUCGUAAAUCACUACAUGAGCGACCCCACCUAUUACAACUCGUGGAAGCGGCAGUCCAAAGGCGUGAAGACCAGAGGAGGGUACGAGGAAUGUGCCAUGACGGAUGCAGAGGGGGGGUAUUAUCAGACUGUGGUGACCCAGCACAGCGUAGGGGGCGUCUACACCCCCACGGGGCAGCCCGCACCAGGAACACGCACUCCAGUUACUGGCUUUUCCUCAUUUGUCUAAUGAACCGAUGACUUGAAACAAACGGGGAGGCUGGAGACUGGAAGUUGAGCCCUGAAACGGGACGAAUCAAACUGUUGUGCUGGUUCUAAGUUUCUUGUUUUCCCCGAAAUGUGUAUUUUAGGCCUCCUCUCUUCAAGGAAAGGAGGAGAGCAUUGAAGUAUCUUAUUGUUAACGUGUUUUUUUGGGGUGGAUUUCAGCAGAUUAACCGUGACCCAGAAGAAGCGGAGACUUCGCACUGUGAGACUGUUUAGUAAGAGGUGGUAUUAAUUUUAAAGACUCAAAGACCCUCAAAGAUGGAUGAAGGAAAUUCCUUUGUUAUGAAUUCCCGUUCCAUAGCAACCUUCCGGGAUUAGUCGUGAUGUGUGGGCAAACACACGCUUGAGUGAUUCAUUGAAUCUCGCUCUGAUCUCCAAAACUCGAAUUGAAGUUGAAACAUCAGCAGAAACUUGUACAGUGUGUGGUAGACUGGAACAACAAUGUGUUUUGUGUGUGGUUUAUUUUCAUGUUGGGGACGGCCGGCUUCAUUCUGGACAAAAGGCAGCACUGAAAAUACUGCCUUUGCACACGUAUUGCUCUCUUAAACCAAAAGAGUGAUGCUUUAAGCGGGAAAAGAAAAUGACCAUUUUCUUAGGUUAGCAAUACUGUAUGUAAAAUAUGCUGUAUGUGUGUAUAUUUUUAGGAUCAAUUUUGUACAAAAAGGAAACGUUUUUACUGUAGAGUAGAUUUGUGCCACGUCGAUGUAGUUCUUUAGUGAUGCCCACAGCGGAUCAUUUCAGCAAGUCACGAUCCAGUGUGUUUGACUGGCUUGCAGUGUAUGUACAAUCCAGUCACCCAGAGAGAUGAUAAGAAAUGUGCCACAUUGUCUCUCUAUCCCAAAUAUACACAGAUUUCUCAUCUCCUUCAAUGUUGAAAUAUUUAUUUCAGUUUGAAAGAACAUCAGUGCUAAAUUAAAUAUAGUACAUGAGAUGGAAAGACGUGUGGUUAGAGAUAUGGGCUGGUAACUAUAAGGUUAUAAUGCUAUGGUGAUACAUUCAAGUACUCCUAAGAAUGAAUCAGAAAUUAUAAUUACAUUAUGAUGCACAUUCAGGUCAUUUUAGAUAGAAUAAAAAGGUCUAAACUAAACUGCACCAUCAACAGUCAUAAUGAGAACUUAUGAUUGAUUAAAAAAUGCUAAAAAA